AAGAGGGGCUAUAUAUUGUGUUGCAACGCACGAACACUAUUUAGUUACAUAUAUGUGAGGUAAAAGAAAACGCAUUCCCGCUGCUAAAGCCCAACAAACCAAAGCCCAGCCCAUCACUCUGCGAAACCGAAUUGGCCAAAGCCCGCUACGCCCUCGUCAUCGUCCAAUGAGACCGCCCCCCCACAGUUUCGUCUUCCUCUUCUCCGACCCCGACCAUGGAGCCGGACGCCGAUGAGGACUACAUGGGAGACCUCUCACGCUUCCUCCCGCCGAGUCCGUCCUCCUCCCCACCGAAGAACCUCGGGCGCCGGAAGCAGCCAUCCACGCAGGCGCAGGCGCAGCCGAGGGCGAAGCGCGGGAAGGGUGUGCCGUGGCAGGAGCGGCGGAGGCAGGAGCGCGAGCGGAAGCAGCGGGAGGAGGACGCACGCACGAUGGCCGGGCUCGCGGAAGCUAUCCCUGAGAGCAACGUAGGGUUCAGGAUGUUGAGGCAGAUGGGGUACGAUCCCGACUCCCGCGCCGGCGCCGGCGCCGAACCGGUCGGCAUCGAGAUCCGCCGCUCGCGGGCGGGGCUCGGGGCGGAGGAGCCUGUGUUGGCUCCGGCGCCGGCGCCGGCGCCGGUGGAGAAGCCCCGGGAGGUGUCGGAGCGGGAGCGUAGGCAGCAGGAGGAGAUGGCGGUAGAGCUAAGGGCGCGGAAGAGCACGCAGUGGAAGGGCCGGAGGGUGGUGUGGGACUACCGCAAGGCCGAGAGGGCACUCGCGCAGCUGGAGAACCGGGAGGUGGAGCCACAGGCACCGGAGGGGGAGGACAAGGAGAAAGGGGCAGAGGAGGAAGAGGAUGUGAUCACUGAAGAGGAUUUGCAGCAAAUACUGUCUAAGUUGCGUGAUCAGUACCAGUAUUGCCUUUAUUGUGGAUGCAAAUAUGAAUCACUAGAAGUGCUGUCAAAGGAAUGCCCUGGUCCUGAUGAGGAUGACCAUUGAUUUGUUGUGUGAAGGUGACAAAUAAUUGUCUUUGAUACAAACAGGUGAUGGUUCUAUACUCACCAUCAUCACAAUGAUGUUCAGUCAUGAUUGGUGUACUUCAUUGGAUUCCCAAUACAUUGGAGCACAAACUUUGUGGUUUGUGCUCUUGUCGUCAUCAUACGGACACACUAAGCUCUAGAAUAGCUUGUUUUGUUGGCUGUAUUGGCUACUUUUAUACUUCUAGUUAAAUAGUUUCUAACUAUUAUUUUAUAUCAGGGUGAUGAGACCUUAAGUUGACACAAAACAGAAUUGUUGCCCUGUAAGUGCUGGAAGGUGCUUCGAUGCUUCUAGACUUCCCAAGUCACUAGGAUGAUUAGGGUAUUGGUACCCUUCACAUUCUUGAGAAGCUUAUUGCAGUGAUAAAUAUAUCGAUAUGAAAAUUGAAUAGUAUUUGUUCUUCGUCGGCCUGGAAAGGUGGGAGUGGAUGGAAAGCCACAAGGAGCGUCUGCAUAUGACAUGCUAUGCAGCAAAACUGAAGUGGAGCUACAUCUUCAGAAAUGCCUCAUCGAGGCACCAAUGCACUUCAGAGCCAGAAGUGAAAUGUUGCCGGUGGUGAACAAGCAAACUUUGAUUUUGAUCUGUGAUAAUCAGAUAACAAUUUUGUAUCUGCUUUCCAACUGAGCGAGAGAGGGGGCUAUACUUGUGGACAUCUGCUCAAUUUUGUUGUCAGAAGAGAAGUAAGUCUAUUUUAUGAAACUUCCACUGUACGAUGUUGGAAUGGAAUAUCUGUACAUUACUGUCAGUCCUGUGUGUCGUCUAAGGAUCCAUGAUUGCUGAAUAAAUGCCUGGAAAGGGCCACGAUCACUGUUGAACAUCACAGAAGGUUCCUCAUCUGUAUGCUCUUUGAAUCAGACGGUUCUCCAACAGCAAUAUUUUCAGCUUCUACAGCACAAUCAAACCAGUCUUUGGAAAUAAAAAGGGAAGGAAUGGCAUGAAAUAGUGAUUGGACAUAAAAGGAGAUAGAAGCAUCAAACUUUCCAAGACAUUCUGUUUCGUGCAAUUCCAAGUCUUGAUGCUUUAUGUAGAAAAUAAAACAAUCAUACUAAUAGCUGGAUUUCAGUCCUCAUGGAUGUUUGCAGUUAUUUGCUUGCUUGUGUUCUUACUUGUUAUUCUUUGUUUUGCUUGUUUGAUUUGGCUAAUUGUAAAAUAAUCUCUAUCUGAGUUGGUUAGGUGGCUUGAGUAAUACUUAAGUCUUGAGUUUGACUCUGAUCGGGAGGUCUGCCUUGUACCAAAGCACAAGUCUAAGGUCUAGCUUUGACCGUUGUUA